AUGAAGGGCAAUAUUGACAAGCCAACUUAUUGUGUUCCCUACAAGUCAAAUGAAGCAAACUAUGAAGUUGCUUGUCCUUAUAGUGAAAAAUAUGCAGUCAAUAUUGAACAUAGAACAUGCAGCUGCAGAAAAUGGGACCUGACAGAAGUUCCCUGCUAUCAUGCAAUAUCAGCAUUAUGGAUUGCAAUGAAGGACCCUAUGGAGUAUGUUGAUGAUUGUUAUAGUGUGAAGAGUUACCUUAAAUGCUAUAACCACUGCAUACUACCUAUUAGUGAAGAGCAAGAUUGGGAAGAUGCUAAUGUCCACCCACCAUUCCCACCAAUAUAUGGCAGAGCACCAGGCAGGCCCAAGAAGCAAAGAAGAAAAUCUGCUGAUAAGUUACAACAAGCCACAGAGAAGAGAACUAAGACUAGCAGAUUGAGACAAAUAUGUAAAUGCACCUAUUGUAGGGAGAGGGGCCAUAACGCCAGAACUUGCAAGCUUAGAAAAGAGGCUGGUGGUACAACCAGUCAAGAUACAGCCACUAAAGGGAGUCAAGAUGCAGGUUUGGAGUCAGAAGUUCAACUUGAUGCUAAAUUAAGUAACAUUUCUGUUGGAUGCAUCAGUCCACAUGCAAAGAAGACAACUAGAAAGUUUGGCAAAAGACCAGCUGGAAAUGAAAGUAAAAGGAGUGGAAAGACAUCUGUCCAGAACUCAUUACAAAACAGUCAAGAAGUUGAUGAGGAGAACAUGGUAUGUUCUACCCCUGUUGCUGAACCAAACCUGUAUGAAGUGUUUGGAAUUCCAGAUCCUCGUGUAACACAUAGUAGCCAACCAUUUAGAAUCAGAGAAUUUCGAAUCCAUCUUGGACUCCCACCAACCUCUUGGCUAAAUCCUAGUGGGCAACAAGGCACAAGACCUGAUGACAAGGGAAAAGCAAAAGCCAACUGA